UGGGCGUUUUUAAACUGAAACCGUCUGGGCGCGAGACCCCACCCCGCCUGACCCGUCCCGUGACCGGGGGCCUGAGCCAAUCAUCUGCCGGUGACCGGGGGUGGGGGGGGCCUGAACCAAUCACCUGCUCGUGACCGGGGCCCUGAACUAAUCAUCCGUUCGCCGUCUGUGAUCGGGGUCUGAGCUGCUCGCCCGUCGUCCCGUGAUUGGGGCCUGAACUAACUAACCAACCAACCAUCCGUCCGUCCGUGACCGGGGCCUCAACCAACCAACCAUCCAUCCGUCCGUGACCGGGGCCUCAACCAACCAACCAUCCGUCCGUGACCGGGGCCUCAACCAACCAACCAACCAUCCAUCCGUCCGUGACCGGGGCCUCAACCAUCCGCUCUUCGUCUCCUGCCCGGGGCCUGAACCAUUUGCCCGCCCGCCGUCUCCUGCCCGAGGCUUGAACUAUCUGCCCGCCCAUCGUCUCCUGCUUGGGGCCUGAGCCCGCCCCGGACGGUGGGGUGUAGAGGAGGAGUGAGCGGCGCAGUAUGGAUGAGAGUAAGGCAAUGGGAGGUAAAGUGAAGAAACCUGGAAAGCGAGGCCGUAAACCUGCGAAAAUUGAUUUAAAGGCAAAGCUUGAGAGAAGUCGCCAGAGUGCUAGAGAAUGCCGAGCAAGAAAGAAAUUGCGCUAUCAGUAUUUGGAAGAACUUGUAUCUAGAAGAGAGAGAGCAAUUUGUGCUCUGAGAGAAGAGCUAGAAAUGUACAAGCAAUGGUGUACAGCAAUGGACCAAGGGAAGAUACCAUCAGAAAUAAAAGCACUUCUGACAGGGGAUGAUCAGAGCAAAGCACAACAGUCCACAAACAAGCCAGGGAAAACGAGAAGUGAAGGAAGUGCCAAUUUGUCUUAAGAAUUACCUGAGAGUGGUGGUAUGGGAAUGACCAACAAAAUCAAUACAUUUUCCUUGCUAGUUUAACUAAUAUUGUGUAAAAUGGAAAAUUAUCAGAAGAAAGGUAAAAUAAUUGAUUGCAUUCUUUGUCAAAGUUCAUAAUAGUAUAAUUCAUGUGUUUUUGGCCAUGCUGUAUAUAAUGUAAAUUGUCUAUCCCUUUGUAUUUUACAAUUUAAAAGCAAAAUAAAAAUUGUAGAUUGAGAGCACUUUUGAUACCAGAGCAAUGGAUUUGUUGCAUUUACUAACCUAUUAGAAGGGUUUUUAAUAAACGUUUUGGCUCUUUUUACUGCCUUUCCACAAAUCAAACACAGUUGAUGUUUCUUGCAUUUUGCUUCUUCACACACUUAUCUUUAUAUUACCCUUGUCCAGAGAAGGGGGUAAGUCUUGAAUUUUGCUAAAAGGGGUUUCCUUUAAAAUCAAACUGCCUUUGAGGCCAACAGUUUGCUGUAUAAAUAUUUUUCACAAAGCUAUCAAAAUUUAUCUUGUUAUGAGGAAGUGAAGAGUUAAGAAUUGCAACCAUACCUAGAACUGGUAAACAAAAUAUGUAUAUUUAUGCAUUAUACUUCUUUAGCAAGGACUAGCAAGCCGGCUGACCCACUAGUUAGGUUGGAAUGUUAAGUAUGUUAACUGCCUUUGUUUCGGGUAACGGACCAUUCUGAUAUGUCAGACGGUGGCGAUACUGGGUGUAAUUAACAUCGAGGUGAAGGCUUGGUCUGAACAAUAAAGGGUGAUACCUGCCUUUGAAAGCCUUGAUUAUAACUCAAUUAUACUAAGACAAGAGGUGUGAUAGCUGUCUCGGGAUCUCUAUAGCUUGACCGAAACUCGCGGCGCCGUUUGCAUGGAUGUGCGUGACAAUUCCUUUAUAAAUGUCUGUCUGCCCUUUGUUCGGGGAGUGCUGAAGAGAAUUCUCCUAGCGGUGCACUGCUAAUAAAGGUAUUUGUUCGAAUCGA